UUAAAACAAAAGUUAAUAAACCAUUUGUGCAAAUAUAUAUCCUAAAAGAUAGUAAUAAUUUUUCAUAUUAAAAUAGUACGAUACUUAACAUUGAAACGCAGCUAGACAGUGAGUGUGUUUUCGAAAACGUCAAAACUCAAACGAAAUUCCAGCACAAAGUACACGUACAAAGAUUAAUUUCCUACCACCCAACUACAGCAAGAGCAAGAACAGAUUCCCAUUUACAGACGUUAUCGUUCUGCAUGUCUGCGCAUUCCAACUGACAGUUUUCAGAGGACCUUCGCCGAAGUUGGAAGCAAUAAUUGAAAAGUCUCUAAAGUCAGCUACUUUCUUUAAAAAAGCUCCAUAUUGAGCCAGAAGUCAGCAUUGUAAGGCAUUGGCCAAAAGCAUAGCUAACAUUACAGUUCAGCAAUCCUAUAUACUAUAGUACGCGUAUCUGCAACGUACUUGCAUGUAAUAUCGAUUAAAGUGUGCAAUUUUAUAAUAAUGAGUCUUCAUUGACACAUAUUAAGUAAUAAUCGCGAGUUUUCAAGUGUAACAUAUUUAUAAUAUUUUACGUAUGUACAUAUAUCAUUACAGAAAAUCCAACAUAUUCGCAUAUCCAAAAAUUCGRAAUUUAUUGAUUUACAAUUGGUCAUUGACAAAAAACACACGGUCAAAUAAAUGCUAAUUUUACCUUGCCCCCGUUCUCUGUAAAACAAAAACAAAACAAAAAAAUUAAGCAAAAAUAGUGAAACUAAAGGGUUUUAAUAAAAUUAAAUACAAAAUAUUUUAACAUUGAAAAGUUCAUAUUGGCCAAAGAAAGUAAAAAAGAAAUUGAAAAAAAGCAAAAAUAACCUGCAAAGUAGUCAACAGCCGUAGCAAUCGUAUAACUCAGUGUUCGUGUUUAAAGAACUCGUGAAAACGUGAAGAGAUUCGUGGGAACUUGUUCUCCACACGAACAAACAACCCCUGUUAUCUUAUUCGGGGCAUAUCUAUUGUACAUUCCACAAAAACUUUGUGACGCGCAUUUAAUACUCGCCACCCACUAACAAAACAACAAGCACAGCAGCACUAUAGUUUUGUCUUGCAGUGUGUUCGUUAUUCUGCUCUUCCACGCACUAGUUACUACCUUAAGACCAUAAUCGGUACGACGUCUACAAGUCUACUCUUGCACUACAUACAUAUUAAGUUACUUGGAGUCGGAAACACUCCCACCAAUACACACGUAUCAAUUGAUAUAGAAAAGUGCCAGCAAGUGCAUUGUUGGCAAAUAUAUUUUGCGUGAAGAAAAAUUUGUAAAAGGAGAAAACCAGUUAGUGGACGAAAAUGUUCUCUGGCCUAACAAAUCAAUUUACUUCAUUGGUGGGCGCCGUCAAGGGCGGUCAAGCCGACGAAGAUGUGCCUGCACCUACCCAAGAUGCUGUUGCCGCUCCGGAAGUAUCCGCUGCUACAGCAGCACCAACACCAGCUGCAGGCGCCGAACAAGCAGCGAAUGCAGCUGGCGUCAGUGGGGAGCAGCCUGUKGAAGGUGAAGAGGGCGCUAAAAG